AUGCGACGUUGUGUGGGAGCGGCAGCUAUUGCAGCAACUUCCUCCAUUCAUCCUGCAUGGCGCGGUGGUGUGCCAGUGAUGGGAGGAGUUGCCGUGUGGAACUCCAUGUACUUUCACUCAUCAUCAAAGUUCAUUGGACGUAAAACGGGUGGAUCAAAGAAACUUGGAGACGUCUUAUCUUCUUCAGCAGCAUCAGCGGCAGGAACCUCAACAGGGGCGGGAGGAGGCGAUGCUGUGGCUGCAGCGGAAGAGCAAAGCAGUACCAAUAAUCCAACUACCACUUCUUCUUCUUCCUCCUCUUCUGCUUGUACGGCUGCGGCGGCUGCAUCUAGAGAUACAGAUGGACGAAAAAAACAACGUGAUCGUUAUCCACGAAAGUCUGUACGUAAUCCCACCGAACGUGCCACGGCAUCUUCGCGAGGAAAAGAAAAUACACAACUUCGUAGAGAAGCCUCUUCUGGGUCUGUAGGUGGAAAGCGUGCUGUGGCUGCUGCUGCCGCUGUGGCUGCGGUUGCUACUGCGGAUUCUGCCAAUGAUGAGGCGACGCUGAUGGCGGAGCGUGCGAGUAUUACGAAACUCUUCAUGGUGUCUGACUCUGUUGCCUCCAUCUUCUGCGCCCUUCCGCAGGACCAGCGCUCGAUUGAUAAUUAUCUCAAAGAGGUGGAUCGCGCGGUUGUGCCUUCGGCGGCUGAUGGGAAUGCCGUGGAUGGUGAAGAAGCGGCUCGGCAACAAGCGGCGUCUAUCGCCAUGCGGGAAAUUGCUCAGCGUGUGUUAUCAGAAGAAAGGGCCGAUCACUCACUAUGCAUUCAUGUACGGAAUAUGGAACAGUUGGUGCCCCCACCACAUUUGAUGCUGGAUGCAGAAAAUAAUAAUAAUAAUAAUAAUAAUAAUAAUAAUAAUGUUAAGGCAAGUUCGGAUGUGGGUGUUGCUUCUACAGAUGCUUCAAAUAAGAAGAAGGUAGCAGAUAAGAAUCGUCGUCGGGUUACUUCGAAACGUGGGAGUAAGGCUACUGCCUCUCCUCCUAUUAUUAAUCCCACUGAAAGUGAAAAGUCACUAACUGUAGUUGAACGUGUUAUGGCACUACAAAAGUGGCAGGCAGAGGCGGCUAAAAAGGCCCGAGAGUCGCAGGAACGGUAUAAGAUACCAGAUGAUUACCACACAAUCACACGUGUUCGCUUUCAUGACCCGCAUAAAGCUGAUCUCACCGUUGUGCAAGGUUGUGGUGGUAGUAAAUCUGUAAUGGAUGUCUUGUCGGCGAUGAAUCGUAAUAUGAAACAUCAAUCUAGUGAUGGAGUUAAUAAAAAUAUGUCUUCAGGGAAUAAUAGUAACAAUACUAAUAACAAGGAGUCCGCUGCAGCACUGCUCUCUACACCAUUUGCCCUUAAACCGCUUCUCUCCGUUGUGGCGAGUUGUAUUCCACGACGAGAGUCUUCACUGGGUUCACGAUGCGGUGAAGAGGUAUUUUUCAGUUCUCCAGCAUACACCACACCUCGUCGACUAAAACGUCAGGAGUGUGGUGAUACUAAUACUAGUACAGAUUAUAAUAGCUCUUCUACUACUGCAGUCUCCUCAUCAUCAUCAUUGCCAUUUUCUUCCUCAAUGAUGCGUGAAGAGGAACUUUUAGCUCGUCGACUUCCACCCAUGCCGCGAUAUACAACUCGGGUGACUGUCUUGGUGGAACAUGAUGAGUUGCAGCCGGUGGAUUUGUUGUCAAUGGCUGAGCGGAGCACAACACGUCGUGAUGAUCGCAGUAAGUCAUCAUCCGCCUCGACAACAACAACAACAAAAAUAGGUGGAAAUAGUAAGAAAAAGAAGAAGUGUCACAUUUACUGCUUAAUAGCAGAUGGAGGUGAAUUCUAA